UCGAAGUUGACAGACACACAGACAUUGAUUCGUUUUCAUUCACUUCAACUCAAAUCAACCUCUCCUCCCUCCUCUUUCUUCUUCUUGUUCUCUUCUUUGUUCACUUCCCUCAAAAACAACACUAUAGAAUAGAACAGAAGAGAAGAGAAAGAUGAUACCCUCUCAGGUAGUAAACACAUACCCAUUAUCGAGCUACACCUUCGGUACUAAGGAGCCUAAGAUGGAGAAAGACACCUCUGUCGCUGAUCGUCUUGCUCGUAUGAAAGUCAAUUAUAUGAAAGAAGGAAUGAGGACCAGCGUGGAAGGAAUUUUACUGGUACAAGAACACAAUCAUCCUCAUAUCCUUCUUCUGCAAAUUGGGAACACAUUUUGCAAACUCCCAGGCGGCCGUCUCAAGCCAGGGGAGAAUGAAAUUGAGGGCUUGAAGAGAAAAUUGACUAGCAAGCUUGGUGCUAAUUCACCCGGCCUUGUACCUGACUGGCAGAUAGGUGAAUGUGUUGCAAUCUGGUGGAGGCCAAAUUUUGAAACUAUAAUGUAUCCAUACUGUCCUCCGCAUAUAACAAAACCCAAGGAGUGCAAGAAGCUUUUCCUCGUUCACUUAUCUGAAAGGGAAUACUUUGCUGUACCCAAAAACUUGAAACUGCUUGCUGUUCCAUUGUUCGAACUCUAUGACAAUGUCCAGAGAUAUGGACCAGUCAUAUCCACUAUUCCUCAGCAACUUUCCAGAUUCCAGUUCAAAAUGAUCACUAACUGACCUGACCGUAAUUGGAAGCGUAGAUGCUGAUAGAAUACUACUACUUCCAUUUGUUAUUUUAAGAAUUAGGACUGAUUUGAUGCAUUAUCCUAAACCCUAUUUAUCAUUGCAUAGACUGGUUAGAGAACUGAAUUUUGAAGUGUGUUCCUAAAAAGAUUUGUAAUUUGUGACACUGUUUGUAUUAAUUCAUUGGAUUAUGGGUUUGAUUUGUUGCGGUUAUCAACCCUAGAUGGGAAACAACUUGUAGGCUAGAUCUGAAAAGGCUGAAGUUGAAACCAAUACGAUGGAUGAGUAUAGCGAUCCCAUGGUCUGUUUCUCUGCCCCGCUCAAGUUGCCAAAUACUCCAUCAGAAUUGUAAGAUGAAGAAAUGAACAUGGAUUAAUCAUGACAAAAUGUAUAAAGCAAAUGUAAGACACAAUUUUGCGUGUCCAAUACUUAGGAAGCUGUUGCUAGUCCAAAGACAUUGUAUGAUUCCCUUGCCAACAAUUUAAAGGGGUAAUGGGACAUACACCUAUA